UUGGUCAUAAGAGGAGCUGGGUCAGGGGUUGUGAGGAUUCCUGGGUGAGAAGAUGUGAACAUUUGAUGCAUCCCAUCCCCACUACAAGAAAAACAAAGCCUGCAUUAACCUGGGGCCUGAAAGCAUUAAUGCAGCUCUCCAAGGAGGUCUUAGUGCUAGGGAGUAACUGAGAUCUGGGACACGGUCUCAGAGGAAGCCUGCAACUGAAUGGGACCCCUUCCUUACACACAGGUCCCUCUCCUCCUCUGGUCCCAACACCUCUUCUGUCCUUGGCUAAGAUUUUCUACACUCCACACUGCAGCUCCCUCAUUCUCAGACUGGCAAUGGGGAUCCCUGAGCAGCUGCUGAUGGCAUGCUUGGCCAUGCUCUCUCUUUCAGCUUGGAAUCCAGCCCAGGGCUCUCCUGCCAUCUUUGGGCCUAUCUUUGAGGACCAGCCUGUCAGCUCCUUAUUCCCUGAGGAAUCAUCAGAAGAGAAGAUAGCCCUGGCCUGCCGUGCCAGGGCAAGCCCUCCAGCCACAUAUAGAUGGAAGAUGAAUGGCACCGAGAUGAAGCUAGAGCAGGAUCCCCACUACCAGCUGGUUGGAGGCAACCUGGUCAUCAUGAAUCCCACCAAGACCAGGGAUGCUGGUGUGUACCAGUGCCUGGCCACCAACCCAGUAGGCACUGUGGUCAGCAGAGAGGCUGUGCUCCGCUUUGGCUUUUUACAGGAAUUCUCCAAGGAGGAAAGAGAUCCUGUGAAAACCCAUGAGGGCUGGGGGGUGAUGUUGCCCUGCAACCCACCUGCCCACUACCCAGGUCUAUCGUACCGCUGGCUUCUCAAUGAGUUCCCCAAUUUCAUCCCAACUGAUGGGCGGCACUUUGUGUCCCAGACAACGGGAAACCUGUACAUCGCCCGGACAAAUGCCUCUGACCUGGGCAACUACUCCUGCCUGGCCACCAGCCACAUGGACUUCAUAACCAAGAGUGUCUUUAGCAAGUUUGCCCAGCUCAACCUGGCUGCAGAAGACUCCCGUCCAUCUUCACCAAGCAUCAAGGCCAGAUUCCCCUUGGAGACCUAUGCAUUGGUUGGACAGCAGGUCACCCUGGAGUGCUUUGCUUUUGGGAACCCGGUCCCUCGGAUCAAGUGGAGAAAACUGGAUGAUUCACUGCCCCCACAAUGGGCCACUGCUGAGCCCACACUGCAGAUUCCCAGCGUCAACUUUGAGGAUGAGGGCACCUAUGAGUGUGAAGCGGAGAACACCAAAGGUCGGGACACUGCCAAAGGCCGGAUCAUUGUGCAGGCUCAGCCUGAGUGGCUCAAAGUCAUCUCAGAUACCGAAGCCGACAUUGGCUCCAAUCUGCGCUGGGGUUGUGCAGCUGCUGGCAAGCCAAGGCCCACCAUUCGGUGGCUCCGGAAUGGGGAUCCCCUCUCCUCCCAGAAUCGUGUGGAGAUUUCUGGUGGGGACCUGAAAUUCUCCAAACUGGUCCUAGAAGACUCUGGCAUGUACCAGUGUGUAGCAGAAAACAAGCAUGGAACUAUCUAUGCUAGUGCUGAACUGGCAGUACAAGCUUUUGCCCCUGAUUUCCGGCUGAAUCCAGUGAGGCGUCUGAUCCCAGCUGCUCGAGGGGGAGAAGUUAUUAUUCCCUGUCAGCCCAGGUCAGCGCCAAAGUCCAUUGUGCUGUGGAGCAAAGGGACCGAAAUCUUAGUCAACAGUAGCAGAGUGACCAUCACCCCAGAUGGUACUUUGAUCCUUCGGAACAUCAGCCGGUCAGAUGAAGGAAAAUACACCUGCUUUGCAGAAAAUUUCAUGGGCAAAGCCAACAGCACUGGCAUCCUUUCUGUUCGAGAUGCCACCAAGAUCACCCUGGCACCAUCCAGCGCCGACAUCAAUCUGGGUGAGAACCUGACUCUGCAGUGCCAUGCCUCCCAUGACCCCACCAUGGACCUCACCUUCACCUGGGCUCUAGACGGCUUCCCCAUUGACUUUGAUAAAUCUGGUGGCCACUACCGGAGAGCCAGCUUGAAGGAAACUAUUGGGGACCUGACAAUCCUGAAUGCCCAGCUGCGCCAUGGCGGAAAGUAUACGUGUAUGGCCCAGACUGUAGUAGACAGCACAUCAGAGACUGCGACCCUUCUGGUCCGAGGUCCACCAGGUCCUCCUGGUGGAGUGGUGGUGAGGGACAUCAGCAACACCACUGUCCAACUGACUUGGAGCCGAGGCUUUGACAACCAUAGCCCGAUCGCCAAGUACACCCUCCAAGCCCGAUCCCUGCCUGAUGGGAAGUGGAAGCAGGUCCGCACCAAUCCUGCCAAUAUUGAGGGGAAUGCAGAGACUGCCCAGGUUCUGGGUCUCACCCCCUGGAUGGACUAUGAGUUCCGGGUCGUUGCCAGCAACAUCCUAGGCACAGGAGAGCCCAGUGGACCCUCUAGUAAAAUCCGGACUAAGGAAUCAGCUCCCACGGUAGCACCCUCAGGACUCAGUGGAGGAGGCGGUGCCCCUGGUGAACUCAUUAUCAACUGGACGCCAAUGUUACGGGAAUACCAGAAUGGAGAAGGCUUUGGCUACCUGCUGUCCUUCCGCAGACAGGGCAGCUCAGACUGGCAGAAGGCCAAGGUCUCCCACGCUGAUGCCCUACACUUUGUUUAUCGUAAUGAAAGUGUCCGGCCCUACACGCCCUUCGAAGUAAAGAUCCGGGGAUACAACCGCCAGGGAGAGGGACCUGAGAGCCUCACCACCACUGUGUACUCUGCGGAGGAAGAGCCCAGAGUAGCCCCAGCCAAAGUCAAAGCCAAGGGAACUUUGUCCUCAGAGAUGGAUGUAAUGUGGGAACCAGUACAUCAAGACGACAUGAACGGGGUCCUCCUAGGUUAUGAGAUCCGCUAUUGGAAAGACGGAGAUAAAGAGGCAGCGGCCGAUCGCGUCAGGACGGCUGGGCUGGACACCAGUGCCCGGGUCACUGGUCUGCAACCCAACACCAAGUACCACGUGACAGUUCGAGCCUACAACAGGGCAGGCACCGGGCCCGCCAGCCCCUCCACCAACGCCACCACCAUGAAGCCGCCUCCCAGGCGACCUCCAGGGAAUAUCUCCUGGACACUCUCCAGUUCCAGUCUCAAUAUUAAGUGGGAUCCAGUCAUCCCACAGCGAAAUGAGUCUGCGGUCACUGGCUACAAGAUGCUGUACCGGAAUGAUUUACACUCAGCCCCCAUUCUCCAUUUGGCCAACAAGAACUGGAUAGAGAUCUCUGUCCCUGAGGAUUCCAGCCAUGCCCUAGUACAGAUUCGGGCCACGGGACCAGGAGGGGACGGAAUUCCGGCUGAGGUUCACAUCGUGAGGAAUGGAGGCACAAGUAUGAUGGUGGAGAACUCAGCAGUCUGCCUGGCCCCACAUCUGGGUGCCAUCCUCUCCCAUUCACUGGCGAUGUUGGCCCUCCUUGGCUACUUGCAGCUCUGAUCCUGGCUUCGUCGUCCCCUCCCCUGCCCCAGACCUGGACAACAGGACAGAUACCUCGGGAUGAACAGAGCCAGCUGGCCCCUGGCGCACUCUCCCGAUGCUUAAGGACCUCAAUACACUAUAUGCCCAAGAGGAUUGGUUUUAAACAGCAAACUCUAAAUAAUACCUUUUCUGUAGGAGGUAGGACAUUUCAUAUAUGCCAGGGACUGGAACCCAAGGAAGGAUUUUUUUCCCCUUUAGAACCAGGAGGAAACGGGCACAAAAACCCAUAAAUAUUGAACCCAAAGUCCACGUGACAUAUGAUCACUGGGCUUUCUGGAUGGAAAGAACUAAAUGGACGUAAGGUUGGGGUUUUUUAAUACAUGUUCUUUGGACUAAUAGAGAUGGCACCCUUUAGGGACCCUAGGUAUAUCUGAAUCCAGAGGGGUUCAGGCCCGCCCAGGCCCCUGGAUACAGGCCAAAAUGGAUUUAAGGCUGGGGAAGUGGACCUGGAGACCCCGAUGCAAACAUUCCCCAGCCAAACGAAGGGGAAAGCAAUGGGCCAAGGACUGCUCGCCCCCCACCUUGAUGGGGGGAAGAGCUUGAGAUCACCUUUGGUGUUUCCUCAUCCUUCUAGGCAGCUAAGAAAAACUGCAAAUCCCGGAUUCUAGGAGCUUCAAGGAGCCAAAGGGGCUUUCGGGUAAUAUGGGGAAGAGGGAGGCAGGAGGAUGACUUUCAAAACUGACCAAAGGUUGCAGCUGCUGGGAGAAUGAUCUCAGCCAAAAGGCAACCCCAGAUUAAAAAUGAAGCUACCCCUGGGGAUGACACCCCCGCUAUCCCAUUUGCAAGUCCAUACAGACAAAGCAAACAGGCUUCUCUUGAGGGGACUGCAUGACUGAAGGGCUGUGUCUUGGUGAGGUGCCCACCCAUGUUCUGUUCUAGGAGUUGGACAUGGAAAACCGACAACUUUGCCUCAGCUUCUUUUUCUCAGUAAAUCUUAAGGAUCUUCCUUCCAAAUCUGAAGUUCCCUGUCCAAUGAGAAGGAUCCUUUCCUCUCCCUUUUCCUCUCCUGGGGCCAGAGCUACAGCCGGGUUAUUUUUGGAAGGAUUAGUUCCAAGGGUUCUAGAGCCAGAAGUCGGACUGGUGGGUAGAGAGAUGUGUGCCAGAAGUUACUUCGUCAGGCUUGUUGGGGUAUUUUUAAUGGCCUCACUCCAUCUCUCCAUCCACCUACCUAAUGCUUGCCAACCUUUGUGUUGCCUCAGAGUGCCCCAGUGAAAAGGAAAGGCUUAUCCUGUGCUUCAGGGAAUGUUAGGAAAGGUGAGAAAAGGGGGAAUAAUAAUCUGCAGCCCACUGAUAAAGAGAAAAGUUUAACUCCUCUGGGCCCCAGUUUUCCCAUCUAUAAUAAGAGUAAUUUGAACUUGACCUCUAAAAGUCUCCAAAUUGUUGGAGCUACAAUUGUUUUUUUAAAAAUCUGGUUAAUGGGCAAAGGAAUGGGUCUAAUCAUAGGGUGGGUCCCUAGUCACUGUGGGGGGGGGGGGGGCAGCUGCUUCAGCCUCUCUACCCCUACUCAUAUGGGUGGAUUCAUGAGGACAUCCCUUGGUCUACAUGUAAUCCUUCAGUGUCCUCUGUCCCCAAAGCUGUAGACCUGUUUUGAAGGCAGCCAUCCUUUUCCCCUCACCUUCUCCUCUGAGGUCAGCUGAGAAAGGGGCACAAUACCAAGACACUGAUUUUCCCCCAACCCAGCCAUCCCCCCGAACCUCUCCCUGAGCACCCCAUACAUACACAGGGUCUGCCAUUUUGGAAGGCAUACGCCCCUCUGAGGCUCACUCACUGUGGCCCAUUUUCCCCUGAGGAUUUGUUUGUAUUCUGUAGUUAUUACAGUGAAAUUUCUAUUUUAGUAUCUUUUAUAUAUUUUUAGAUCCUGCUCUAUUUUCAGGGCAGGUCUGCACUCCUUCUGCUAAUGACAGCUUUCUUUUGGUGAACUUGACCCCCUCCCUUUCCUGCUCCUUUGGGAGCCAGGCAGAAUUAAUGGAGAAUCUGAUGUCCCACUUCCCUAUCACCUCCACAGCCCACCUAUCAAUGCUGUAGGAUUGUGGCUCUUUCAGAUCAACUGAAAAGGAGGUGGUGGAGGAAGCCUCUGUAUGGCCUCUCAGCUGAGAGCAGGGGUAGCCAGUCCCUCCAAGGGGAAUGCUUCCCCCUCUCAAUCAUCUCACUUUUGGCCAGUGGCUAAAUUUAUCUCCUCUCAGAAAAAGAGCUGGAGGCAAGAUGUUUGUUUAGGGCUUGAAGAGAGCUUGAGGCGGGGGGCUGCCUCACACAUGCAGACCAGGUUCAUUUGGCCCUCUCUUUUUUCACUGCCCAUAGGGACUGUGACAUAGGAAGCCAGAGGGAAACAGGUUCAGCCCUCAAGUGUUAGGCAAAGAUGGGCAAGGGCUUUUUGUCUGCUCCAGGCAAGCGGCUCUGCCACCUUCCCAGAUAAGGAGGCAUUUGGAGAGAAGCAGUUGUGAGGCAGAACUUGUGUGGAUGUGUUGUUUGGGGGCAGCAUCCCAGGAGACCCCACCAUGUCUAAACCAAAAGACCAGAUUAGUCCCUAAGAUUAGACUUUUGCCUUCAGCAUACCACACCUCUGAAGGUCUGGGGACCAAUGGGGAAGUUUAGGGAAGGGAUUUAACUGAGCAAAGGAAGCCAAGGAAAUAGGUUAGGAUGCAGAGGGACUGAGAUUGCCAGGGGCAGAUGCAGGUUGGACCCCCUGCCUAAAGUUUGAUGUGGCUAAGGCAGAUUGUGGAUUCUUCAUUCCUCUGGACACUUACAAAAUGGGAUGGCUUGUAUUGGAUCUUGCCCCCUCAGUCAGAGGAGUCCAUUGGUACUUUCUACCUAGCCAGUCUGAGGACGACAGACUGGGAGGAGCAGCAGCCCCCUGCUGCCUAUUAGCUCCCACUCAGUUUUCCACAAACCCCAGCCCUAGCUCUGUUCCAUGUCAGAAAUUUCCCCUUCCCACUCCAUCAUUUGCAGCCCUGGAAGAGAAGACAAAAAAAAAAAAUAUAUAUAUAUACAGGUGCUUUUCCCUUCUUUUUUUGUUACCACCCAUCUUGCAGUUUGUCUAUACAAGUGCCUUGUGGACUGAGAAAUGGGGAUUUUUCUCUCUGAUCCCCCUACCACUUGCAAAGAUUUCUCCAAGGAGAAUGAUUAGGGGAGGGAGGGCGCCAAAGGAACCGAGGUCAGCUAUGUAUUUUUGGCAAAGAAAGGUAGGUACCCUUCUAUCCCUGCUGGUUUCCUUGCUGCUUUAACAUUCCAGAUGUUACCUCCCUCUCCUGGGAGUGGAGGGCAGCUCUCUCCAGGUGUGCACUGAAGAAACUUAGGGGAAGGAAGAGAGUCUGGGCUUCGGGGGUGCAGAGAGCACCUGUCUGUUGGGCUGUUUCCUUGAUUUCUGAGAGGUUGGCACGGUGAAAAAAGUCCCCGCAGUCUGCUGUCUUCAGUUCUACAAACUCAGGGGAGAGCUUCUACGCUGAUCAAUUCUUCCAGCUGACGAGCUGGGGGCUCUAGCAAAGAAACAGCAGGAGGGACCGAGAAUGGACAACGGUAAAAUUGCUGGACCCUGGAAUAAUGAAUGUCUGGGGGAAAGAUAUGGAAUCGUCCUACUCCAGAGACCUUUAGGAAAAGACGCCAUGGUCCAUAGUCCUGCUUAGGAGCAGGCCCAUAAUGUCCUCUCAAUGUCUUCUUCAGAUGAGGAUCCAGUGAUUCCCAAGACUGAGGAUCCAGUGAUUCCUACAGCCAGAUCCCCUGGUUUGUCACUGACACUUGAGCAGGCUGAGGCAGUCUUUUGAUUCCCUCUUCCUCAGCUACAAGCACUCUCCCCACCUUCUCUUCCCACUUUUUCCAUUGUUCUCAUGUUUUCCCUCCCUUUCAGCCUCUGACUUUCCCUUCUUCCCACCUUCUCUCAUUUCCCCUCCCCCUUUUUCAUUACCUCUCCAUUCUUCUCCUGCUUUCCACCCUCUCAUUUUCCCUUCUCACCAUCUCUCCAUUCCUGCCUUUCCACCAUCUCUCCAUUCCCCUUCUCCUGCUUUCCCCCCUCUCAUUUCCCCUUCCCUAUUUACACCAUUUCCCAAUCUAUUUUCUGUGCCAUUUUUGCUGGUCUCCCGCCUCCCCCACAUACACACUUUCCUUCUCAGGCCCAGGAUGCUCAUGGUUGUUCAUUACCUGCAACAUCAUUUUGCAGUAAUAUCAACAUUCUCUAACAUGGGCCAGCUCCUGCCUCAUAAGUCAAGCUUUUCCUGAUCAUGGAGGAGGUUCUUUGUUGAGUUCCAUGCCCUAAAGGAAUACAGGUACUGCCACAGUGCAUUGGACCUAUGGGUCCAUAUAAAUGGGUAUUUUGUUAGAACAGAAUGGGAAUUGGGAUUGUCUUCCCUGACUUGGCCUGUCACCCAAAAGUGUUCACAUCUCACUUUGGAAAUCGGGUACCUGUUAACUGGGAGUGAGUCUCAAGCACUUGUACAUAUAGCAUUAUUAGGAAGUUGUGUCCCUCCCUCUCAGGGCUGGAUACAUACCUUUAUGUUUCAGGAAAGAGUGUCUGGGAAAAUAAAUGGGUCUAAGAAUCUCUUUCCUGAGUCCUAGAUGGCCUGAGGGGGAAACGAGGCAUUCAGAGCCCAAGCCUGGGUGGUCCCCUGUCUCAGCCCCCCAGGUUACCUGUACUCCCUCCCUGGUCAGAGCCCACUUUCCAGCAGGGAAUACUCUCUACAGAGUUCUCUGCAGGUCAGGGGCAGUGACUUCUUCUGGACUAUUUAAUUGUAUGGUAUUUUUCUGUUUAAGUGGGGGCCCCUCCCACUGCACCACUGUGUGUGUCUCCUAUUGACUGUAAUGAAAGUUAUUUAUUGAUUCUGUUAGCAGACAGUUCUUAAAAUAAAGAUCGAUCCUCAACCCGUUUGGCAGCUACUAGC